AUGCCACACCUAUCUCUCAGCCACCUAGCUGACAAGUAUGGUCCCAUCAUUUACUUGAAGCUUGGUGAGGUUCCAACAGUUGUGGUUUCAUCAGCGAAAAUGGCAAAGGAGGUGAUGAAAACCCAUGAUCUUGCACUUUCAAGCCGCCCCCAAAUCUUCUCUGCCAAACACCUUUUCUAUGACUGCACUGAUGUUGUCUUCUCUCCAUAUGGUGCUUACUGGCGGCAAAUAAGGAAAAUUUGCAUACUUGAGUUGUUAAGUGCAACGAGAGUCCAAUCCUAUAGCUUUGUAAGAGAAGAGGAAGUUGCCCGUCUGGUUCAUCGGGUUGCAGAAUUUUAUCCAGGCACCACUGAUCUGACCAAGAUGCUUGGAAUGUAUGCAAAUGAUGUCCUUUGUCGUAUCGCGUUCGGAAGAGACUUCUCGGCAGGAGGCGACUAUGAUUGGUGUGGAUUCCAGAAGAUGCUUGAGGAGUAUCAAGUGUUGCUCGGAGGAUUUAGCAUUGGAAUUUCUUCCCUUCCAUGGAAUUUAUACACAACUUCACUGGGAGAAAAAGAUCACAAGGACCUUGUGGAUGUCUUACUUGAUAUACAGAAAAAUGGGUCAAUCGAAAUGCCUCUCACCAUGGACAACAUUAAAGCCAUCAUCUUGGUAAGUGAACAAUACUUGUGCACCAUGCUCUAA